UAAUAGGUGUUGAGAAGAGAUUCACAGAGUAUUUUCCAUAUAAUAGAAGUGUGUGUAAAUUUCAAGGCAAAGUUAAAAAGUUGGGAGGAGAGGAGAGGAGGAAAAGGAAAAGCCAAAAAUUUUGCCACCAUCUUAAAGAAAAAAAAACCAAAAAACUUCACACAAAACCCAAACUCAAAACCAAAAGAUUAUUACAAAGAGAGAGAAAAUGAACAAAUUGAGCAACUCAUUGAUUGGGUUACUAAAUUUGUUAACUUUGUUAGGGUCAAUCCCAAUCAUAGGCGGAGCCUUAUGGAUGGCUCGGAACAGCACCACCUGCGAGGCCUUUCUCCAAAGGCCAUUGCUUGUGGUUGGCUUUUUGGUGCUUUUGAUUUCACUGGCUGGCUUCGUCGGGGCUUGCUUCGACGUUGCUUGGGCACUAUGGCUCUAUUUGUUCGUCAUGUUGCUCCUCAUUGCUACCCUUUUGGGCCUCACCAUCUUUGGCAUUGUCGUGGCUAGUGGCGGUGGCGGCGAGCAUCGGGUUGGAGAUUAUUCGGCGUGGUUAAGGAAUAGAGUUAAUAAUCCUCAGUAUUGGAUUACUAUUAGAAGCUGCAUUUUGGGGUCUAAUACAUGCAAUCAGGCUUCUAAUUCAUUGUCUCCUCUUAAUUAUUUGCAAAGAGAUAUCACUCCCAUUCAGUCGGGGUGCUGCAAGCCACCGAGUACAUGCAGCGAGAACGUGCAAGACCCUGAUUGCUACCGAUGGAACGGGGCACCCAACAUACUGUGCUACGACUGCGAUUCGUGCAAAGUAGCCGUGCUUGAGACUGCAAGAAGAGACUGGCACAAGCUCUCUAUUCUGAAUGUUGUCAUGCUCAUUUUUCUCAUUGUCAUUUACUCAAUUGGUUGUUGUGCAUUCCGAAACACCAAACGAGCUCAAGCUGAUUAUGCCUAUGGCGAGAAUCGAAUGACGAAAAUUCAACCGCGAUGGGACUACAAGAUGUGGAGAUGGUUGGAGGACAGGAAGGAGUUUUACUAAUACUAUAAGAAGGAACCCCAUCUUCCUUCUAUUUCAUCAAUCUUUGCUCUUUUCUUUUCUUUGGUAUCUUAAAGUUAAGAAAAUUAAGUUUUUUUUUUUUUUUUUCGAUUUUAGUGAAAGGGAAUAGGGAUUUUCUGGGCUUUCUUUUUAUGCAGUAAGCUUAGGCUAACUUUGAAGCCUUUUAACUUUUUAUCCUAAUGUUCGAUUGCUUUCUUUUUUUUGACCUUCUCAAUCUGACUUUGAUAAUGACUCAACUUUAUUUGAUAUUA